AUGUCUUCUGAAGGGCAACCACUGGAAGACGAUGCCUCAGAUGGGGAUACUUAUUACGAUGGCCAAUUCGCCGAGCAGGAUGGGGGUGAGACCGAAACACAACCACAAGUAGAUGAAGAUGAAGUCCCAGAAGGGAAUACAGGUUACGGCGUUCGAUUCGCCCCGAUUCUGGGCUACGUCCCGGCCCCGUCCCCAGGACCACCCCGAAGGAUCCCCCCUAAAGUCAAUUCCCUAGAAAAUGUUGGUUAUGAGCCAAGAGGUGGAAAUGUGGAGAUUAUACACAGAAAGGUGGACGUCAGCAAUGCUAAGAGCAAGUUCGAUUCAAGGUCCAACCUCCAUUAUAAACCCGGCGGUGGCAACUUCGUCAUCAUAGAUGAAAAGUUAAAAUUUAAAGACGUCAGCAAAGCGAAGGUGAACUCCCUAGAGAACGUCGCGUAUACUCCCCGCGAUGGCGAUAUAGAGGUUUUCCACGAGAAGCUGCCUUGGCUAAAGUACAACAAGCCCAACCUGCCUCGCGAGGAACUUGAAAAGAUCAACAAACACGUCUCCUGA